CUACCAUGAUUGCGGACGAGUUAGUUGGUUUCGUCUUUAGUUAACAGUUUCACGCUGUCCGCUUUGAACGUAUCUGCUGCGAUUCGUUACCUGGCUAGCUUGCAACGCAGCUAUAGAAACAUUUUAAUCGCUAAUUAAAAGUAAAGUAUCGAAUCGCGAAAGUGAAUUUAUAGGAAAAGUGGAAUUUAUCUGCCACGAAGCAUUGUCGUAUGCAAACUUGUUAAACCGUGGAGAGAUGGGUUCCUAACAAAUCCAAUUUCAAGAUCUUCUGGCAAAGCUAAAAUAUUGGGCGCGAUUUUCAAAAGAUAAUCUUUGGGCGUCGAUCCAUACGUAGCGGUAUGCCGAUAAUCGCGUUAAAGAAAUUCUUUCUCGAAUAUUUCUUCAACUUCCGUUAAGUGAAAAAGAGAAAUUUUUAUAUUGUCAUUCAUACGGAAAUUAGUGUCAAUCGAUUGAUCGUGUUUUUCUUCGGUCUGUCUGCAAAGUGUUGAAUGGUGUUGAGUCGGUUCGAAGAGUGCAAAGCAACGCCACUGUGAAAGAUGGUCGCAAUUUCGCGGUCCGGCAAUUUUUAAGUGCUUGUUACAGAAAAUCCAAUUGGCAGAAAGAAAGGAAGAUUUCAAUGCACAAUCGUAAAGAUACCGAUUUGAGUGCAUAUGUAAGGUGACAUUGAAAUUUCUCUGCAUGUGGAAUAAGAAAGAAAUUACGGAAAAAUUAUGAGCAAGUGGUUGCCGCCUGGAGUUUCGUACGGCAAAUUUCGUUCAUAAGAUUUUUUUUUUUGGAUAUUGGCGAGGCGAAAGAUAAUGUAAGAAACGGAAAAAGUGCGCUUUGUAUGGAUACUCAACACCUGAUUAGCAAAUUUCUUCGGUUUUUGUUGGCUGCAUUUUGAAAAUUUACAAAUUCCUAAUUAAAAACAAAACUGACUGAAAGUUACCCCAAGUCAGAUUUUUCUUGCGUGUUUGUGAGCCAAACAAAAAAAGAGGAUUAAAGAAGAAAUAAUUACUAUCGAUCGCAAUCUUGCAAGGCCGUUUUGAGUAUCUUUACGCGAUCGGACUGUAAACAAAGUCAAGCUGUCGAGAUGAAGACUAUCUUUGGAGCAGCUGUGGCAGUCGUUAUUGCCUGUAUUGCGAGCCUGGCCCACGGAACCUGUGUAUUUGAAUCAGAUUUUGGGUUCAUACUGAACUGUAACUUCAAAAAGUCCGGACUGUUUCGCGUGAGAAAUUUGGGAGGCCUUAAAGCACACUUCGGGUUAGGUUUCAGUGUUGGAGAUGAACUUGGUUUCUCUGAAUCCAUAGGAAACUUGGAAGGCGGAAGGAGGCGAGCGCUGAGCUAUCGAAAUGGAUUACCUAAUAAUAUCGGUGUGCUGCCAGCGAAUUAUCAACCAAAUGCGCCUGUUAAUCGUAAUGCACCGCGUGUUAAAAUGCCACCUCCGAAUCGGUUAACAACUACUGCACCAACUUACAAACGCGCAGCAGCCCAAUCACCGUUAAUGACACAAGCGGCAUCCUUGCCUCUGGGGGUUCCACCAUUCAAGCCGAUUCCAGUUGAUGACCAGAAGAAAAAAGCAAUGGAGCCGAGACCAUUUCAACCAGCUGCAGUGCCACAGAACUUCACCUUUGUUCAACCGUUACCAAUGAAACCUAUCUCACAAAAUCUAAUUGGCGGAGAAAACUAUAAUAUGCAUAAGACUCCCGUAUUUCAUCCCAUGCCAUCGUCUGUUUCAAGGAUAUCCACUGGAGACAUAGUUGAGGUUGAUAAUCAUCAUCCAAUGCAGCAGCAAGAACUACCAACGAUCGAUCUAAUGGGCCACACCGUGGAAGAGUUGGCUGCGGCGGCCAAUGUUAGUGUUGAGGCAAUAAGGCAGGCCAUUUUCAUGAGACAACAGCAGCUAAUGACUGAACGUCGAAGGAACGAAGUUUUAAGGAACCAACUUCGUGAAGUUUUAGCAACAAGCACUACUACAACUACUACUCCUGCUACAACAACAACUACUACUGUGAUGCCUACUAAACAAGUGACCAUGAGACCAUUUAUAACAGGACAAAAGGUCAUGAACGCCCCGAAGGAGUACUAUCCUGUAGGAUAUGAUAAAAACUUUGAUGACAAUUUCACAUCCAAAGUCGACUUACCACCAACGAGUUUCCACUGUGGCGAUCAAAAGCACUUCCCAGGACUUUAUGCUGACGUCGAUUUAGGCUGCAUGGUAUUCCACGUUUGUGCCUUCACAGAUGAUGGCCUAAUCAUGAAGUCCUUCCUUUGUCCGGAAAGCACGCUGUUCGACCAGACCAUCCUCAAGUGCAACUGGUGGUUCUAUGUCGAUUGUAAGACCAGCAAAGACCUUUACGAUUCGAACAUACCAAUCUCGAAGAGCUACCAGCUAAUGAAGUCGCUUACCUACUUCUCAAACUACAAGAAAACUAACUCCAAGGACACUGUUGACCUGGAAGCGCUGCAGAAUACAGUGACAGGAAGCAGUAACAAACUGACGUAGACCUUAUUAACUCCUUCCACAAAUUAUCACGAUAACUUUGUUUUUACUGUACGGUUUAAGUAAUUUAUUUAUUCGAUUAAUCGUAAGUCCUUCGAUCUAAUUAAUAUUCUCAGACUUGAUAGUGAAAUUGUUAGUCCGUUUGGAAGUGCAGGAGAAUGCAAAAAAGUAGUUCAUUGGCAACAAUUUUAGUAUUGACUCCGGUCCGAUGCAGUCUAGUUCGUAUGUAAAUAUCUGUGUAGUGGUUAAAUUCUUAUUAACUUAACGAUGAAGUCAUUAUCCUUAUUGAGCGGUUAUUUUCAGGGUUUCACUGUAUUCAAUUAAAAGUUAUAGAUAGUCAAUAGGUUGUUGAUAGAUUUCCUAAAAAACUGUUAUUACUUCAGUGGUUAAAAUUAAAUAAUGCCGUCGGAAAUAAACACUGAAAGCUUGUAAAUAUAUGUAACUG